AUCGUACUCUCUCCCUUGAAACAUUCUUGGAGCGGAGCGGAGCAGAGCAGAGCAACUAAGCUGUCAUGGCCAAAACGAAGCCUGGGAAAAAAGACUUGGAUUCCUACACCAUCAAAGGCACUAACAAAGUUGUCAGAGCUGGAGAUUGUGUGCUGAUGCGUCCUUCGGACACCGACAAGCCACCGUACGUGGCACGCGUGGAAAAGAUCGAAGCUGAUAAUCGGAAUAAUGUCAAGGUUAGGGUAAGGUGGUAUUAUCGGCCUGAGGAGUCGAUUGGAGGGAGGAGACAGUUUCAUGGAGCAAAGGAGUUGUUUCUCUCGGACCAUUAUGAUGUGCAGAGUGCGCACACUAUCGAGGGAAAAUGUACUGUCCAUUCAUUCAAGAACUACACUAAACUUGAGAAUGUCGGAGCUGAGGAUUACUUCUGUAGGUUUGAGUACAAGGCUUCCACCGGAGGAUUUACGCCCGACCGUGUAGCAGUAUAUUGCAAAUGCGAGAUGCCUUAUAACCCAGACGACCUCAUGGUCCAAUGCGAAGGAUGCAAAGACUGGUUCCAUCCUUCUUGUAUGGGUAUGACUAUUGAACAAGCAAAGAAACUAGAACACUUUCUGUGCUCUGAUUGCUCAUCCGAAAAUGAUGCCAAAAGAUCCCCGAACAAUUUUCCUGUUUCACCACCUGUUGAGGUAAAUGUAACCCUAUGCUCUGCUCCAUAAAGCAUGGAUUAUCUUGAAACUAUCUUGUGAAAUUUGUCCAGUUUUAAUGGUAUACACCAGUCAAUAGAACAGUCAGAAGCUUCUCUCCCUUCAGCCACCCUGCUCUAAUAUUUAGUCACUUCCCAUUCAAUCCCAACCACCUUAUGGGUAAUUGAACUAUAAGAUAACAGUAGGUGCUUUGGGUUAUCCCAAUCGUAACUUCUCCUUGUGCUGCUCCUAAGUUUACUAAAAUCGAACUAAAUAGGUUCUGUUUUAGUGCUGUUCAUAGUAAGACCAUUGAUUCUAAAGCAUUUAUCAGUUGGGGG